AUGCCCUCGGAGGAUGACCAUCUCCUGCUGCAGUGGCUGCUCGCAGACACAGAGGGCAUCGCAUAUUUCGGGUACGCCUACUACGCCCAGUUCACCGACACAGUCGCUGCCAUUGCGAUCGCAACGGACACGGAGCUGGGGGUGACAGAGACGCUCUUGGCCAAGAUUGCACCCGACAGCGAGAGCAUCGUCGACGGCUCCUACUCGGCGUUCAAGCGCGACUUGUACAUGAACGUGCAUAACAACGCAUGGAACGUCUCUGGGGAUUUGUUACUGUUCGGCUUCAGCGACAAUGGACAGGAGCUCGUCAAGGAAACAGGGUACGUGACUGUGAACAGGGACCAGCACGCCGAUAUGAGUGUCCGCAUUGGUGUCAGCGUGACGACUCGAGGGAACCUGGCUGUGGACUAUGUGCCGGCACCUCCCGACAGCUGCGCUGUCGGGUCGUGCUUGAUCUCAUGGCCAUACACCAACGACUUUGGGACGGACAAGACUGGCUACGCAUGCAAAAAUUGCACGGUCGGCACGGCUGAGAACAACGACGAGUCCAGUCCUUGCGACCCUUGUCCUCCUGGCUUCUUCACGAACGAGACGGGCCAGACGACGUGCGAGCCGUGCCCCCAGGGCUUCGCCACCACGGAGCACGGCUCGAACAGCUGCUCCAUGUGCCCCCUGAACGAGCACCAGCCGCUGCCCGGGCAGGGGAGUUGCCUGGCCUGCAGCGCCGGGCGCUUCACGGAGCUUCCAGGGCAGUCCGCUUGCAUGUCGUGUGCGUUGGACACCUACAUGUUCCCAGGCGGCAACUACACCUGCGAGACGUGCCCCGCGGGCAUGACAACCAUCGAGAGGGCGGCCACAGACAAGGAGAGCUGCAAGUGCGCCGAGGGGACCUACCUGAUGGAGGGCGGCGGCCUGGACGGCCCGUGCGCCGUGUGUCCGGACGGCAUGCAGUGCGCGUUCGGGAGCACCUUCUCGAACUUCUUCGCCGUCGACGGUAGCCUGAAAGCGGCUUCAGAUGACGAUCAGCCUUUCCCGGUGGUCGAGGAGGGUUACAUGACCUGGCUCGACGAUUUGCUGAGGGUGUUCAAGUGUCUGGUCAAGAACCAUUGGCCAGGUGGCGCGCCCGCUACCUGCGCCAGGGGGCGUGAUAGCGGCGAGGUCGCUUGCGCAAGGUGA